CAUUCCAAAAAUGUUCUCAAUUUCCUUCAUGAAGAAGGCACAAACCACCACCCCAUUCAUCUCUAGACCAAUAGAACCAUAUCAUCUGAAACCCAGAAACAAUACUUUGCUCCAAGUGGCUCCUGCAUCUUUUUAUUUCCUUCCAACUCUAUCAACCCAAAAUUUGAGACAGAGGAGCUUUGUUACCAAGAGCACUACUGGGUCCUCACUGGUGCGAUGUGGCCGCGACAACUUAGCAUCUGGAGAAGAUGAUCACAGGGCUCUAGAAACAGUCCUCAAGCUUUAUAAAGCCAUUAAGAAUAGAAACCUUCGUGAACUGUCUGAUGUCAUUGGAGAUGAAUGCAGAUGUGUCUGUAAUUUCGUUUCCUUCCUUCAUUUGUUCCACGGAAAAGAGCAAGUCUUGGAGUUCUUCUCUUUUCUACUGGGAUCAUUGGGGAAGAAUGUAGAAAUCAUUGUGAAACCCACAGUGCAUGACGGACUAACUGUUGGUGUCCAAUGGAAACUAGAAUGGAAGACCAUACAAAUUCCUUUGGGGAAGGGUAUCAGCUUCCACACCAUGCAUGUCUACCAAGGGAAGGUGCUGAUAAAGAGCAUUGAGAUGUUUAUGGAACCACUCCUCAAUAUUGAACCCUUUCGGUUGAAACUGAUGGGAUUUGUGAUGUCUUUCUUGGAUAUAAUUGGGCCCAAUGCCAUAAUCAAGGGAAAGGAGAGGAAACUUUUAUACAUUACUCUGGGGUCUCUGGUCAUUUUUGCCCUGUUAGCCCUUUUUAGGCGACCUUGUUUUUGAGCCCUGUUGUCUGGCCAUGUUCUAGCCCUAUUAGUCUUCUUCUUCUUCUUCUUUGUCUCAUGAUAGAUCUAAUGGAGCUCAAAUUUUAGGGACAGGUAGACCUGAAGGUCUCAAGCUUAAGUGUAAAGUCUUAAUCCAAACAAAGUUUGUUAAGUGGCAAAAUAGAGCUUUGAAAAUAAGAUCAUUGUGGAAGUUUGCGAAA